GGCUGUCAACAUGGCGGAGGCGUUGGGGUCGCGGCCGCCACCUCUGCCAUUGCCAGGCAAGGUCGCCGCUGCUGCAGCUGCCGUCGCCACCACAGCCAAGAGCGCCACUGUGCGGGAACCAGAGCUGCCGCGGCCAACCUUUCCGCCGCAGUGACGCGGGGCCUGAGAGACGGAGUGCAGGGAGGGGCGGAGGAGGAGGAAGCCGGAGCUGCCAUGAGGGAGGCUGUGGGGACGAGCCGAGAGGCGACGCUGAGGUGAAUGAAGGAUGAUGACCGGGAGGCCCGGAGCCCGGAGCGCGGUCUCGAGACAGGGCACUGAAUCCUCGGACACCCGCGUCAGAGCCCCCCUCAGCCCUCGGUUGAGCGACGGGCGUCACCGACCUGGCGCUUACCUAGAUAUGAAAAUCCAUUUUGAGAAAAAUUUAGAAGAAGAGCGCCAAAUCUUACUGCAGCAACAAAAAAUAUGUCGAAAUCAAGCACGUAAAUAUUUUGUGGAGUCAAACCGGAGAAAAAAAGCUUUUGAAGAGAAACGAAAACAACAAGAAGAAAGAGAACACCAAAUCAGAGAACAAAUACUUCAACAACGAAAAAAAAAGUUUGAAGAAGUUACUGAAAAAUUCCAGCGGGCCCAUAUUCCUCUUUCACAGCGGAAGAGAACAGUUUUUCAAAAACCAGUUCCUCCAUUAGAAGAGGCCCUCAAACAAAUUCAGGAAUCCAACUUAAAAUCAGAGGUAAACCUUCCCUCUUCCCACAGACCAAUAAUAGGCUGGAGAGUCAUAGAUAAUUCCUUGCCUUCAUCAUUGUCAAAAAAUGAUCACAAGCAUCAGAAACAUCUAUCCAAAAUCAAUUCUGAUAAAGAAAUGAAGGAAAACAGCAAGGCAAACUUGACUACUAACAAAGAUGCAUUCCAGCUUAAACUGGAGGAAACUCAGAAACUCCUAGAAGAUCAGCAUCUAAGCAGUUUGCAAAAAUUUUGUGAUGAAGUUAAUCAUAUAACAAAUUCUGAAACCCUCUCAAGUAUAGACAGUCUUGAGGCUAGGGAAUGUGAAGAAAUAUAUUUAAAACUUAAUAAGGAGCCUUCUACAUCAAUCCAGCAGCAGAAUUCUAUUUCCCUCAAAUCCGCAAAUCUUCAAUCAACUAAUCUAAGCUGCUUUGAUGAAGAUAAGCUGUCAUUCUCUAAAACUCAAUAUAUAAAUAAUUGGCUUAUAAAUUUAGAUGAUCCAAACACUCAGACUGUCACACCUUUCUCAGACAUUUUAAGUAAACCUAAUGUUCUGCCUUCACGUAAAUGUCUUAAUAGUGAAGAACAAAAUUCAUCUGCUCUGAGUAGAACUGUGGAAAGAGCCACAAAUACUGCUAACAAUUCAGUAGCCUUUGUAUAUAGUCCACCCAUAUUUGUAAAAGAUAUAAAAAGCAAAAAGACCUCUGAAACUAGUGCUAUGAGGACAACUGACACCAAUCCUGGAUCAUUCAAAAGGGAGAGACCAUUAGUUACUGAGAGCCCAACAUUUAAAUUCAGCAAAGCCGAGGCCAAUCCAGAUUCUCCAACCCAGGAAAUGGCAACAAUUUCAGACCAAAAGAAAUAUUCUGAAUUGACUCAAGAAAAUAGAACUACUUCAGUACCCACUUCAUUUGUACCUGUGGCAAAACCUUUAGUUUUGCCAUCGAAUACACAAUCAGCUAGGCCUUUACCCAAAAAAAGUAUACAUAUAAAAGAAAUUGACCCAGUGCAGUGUUCUGAUAAGUUAGGGGAAAUGAAAGACAUUAAAGAUGAAAAGAUAAGAUAUUCUAACUGUGAUGAGGAAGAGUUGUCUUUAUUUUCAGAUAAUUUUCAAGCUGGCUGUUUACCUUACAACUCUGACUCAAAAGAUAAAAAACAGAAAAUAGCUGAAGCAUCAACAUCAUUGUAUAGUAUAAUUUCUAAUUGUGACUUAGUUGGUCAGCACAAGAAAAUGAAAUGCAAUAUUCAUGAGAGAAAUGGUGUGAGGUUUCUUAAAAGUAUUUUAAAGAAAGAAUCUAAAUAUGAACAUGAUUAUUUUAAGGCACUGGUUACAAACCAAGGCUUUAAGUUAGGAAAUCAAAAAGCAGCAGAUAUCAGAGAUAGUAUUGAAUUAACAAAAGAAAAAGGGAAAAGUGCAGAAAUUCCAAAGAUUAUUAAAAAACUGAGAUGGAUUGAUGAAACUGAAGAUACAGAAAAACAUGUUGAAGAUAAUCAUUCACUGAAAAAUAGAAUAGGAAUAACUCAACAGUGGUCUCAACAAUUCCACAUUCAAACUAAAAGUGUUGCUGCCAGCAACAUUACUAGUAUUAUUCCUGCUUCUUCUGUGAAUUCUGCUGAUAAGAAAAAGCCCAAGGAUGAUUUUAUCUCUGAAAAUGUCACUGCUUUAGGAGGAUCUGGAAUAGACCAUGUGCCUUUGAACUGCUUUAUACCUUCAGGUUAUAACAUUGCUAAACAAGCCUGGCCAGACUCAAAAGAAGAGGAAAGUAAAUCCCCUGUAAAUAGUGGUGGUUCUAAAACUCAGAAAACUAAUCCACAAAAGGGUGGAGCAAAAGUAAUUAGAAGAACAAGAUCUGCUAAAGUUCAAUCAGGCUUUAUAUAUACGAACAGAAAAGGCGCUGUUAUUCGACCACAGUCUGCGAGCAAAGCCAACACAUUUUUACAAGCUCAGGGUAAAUUAAUUGUGCCUCAUCCUCCUCCUAAAUCUCAAUUAAAUAUUAGAAGUUGUAAAAAUAUACAAGUAUCUCAGUAUCAAACUGUAAUGCCUGAAAAUUCUCAAAACAUCAGUACAUGUGACUAUGUUAAUUCAAAACAUGUGCUUCCAACAGAACACAAGUUAAAUCAGUGGAAUCAAGAAAGUAGUCUUCCACUCUCACAUGUUUGUCCUGACUUAGUCACUGCGAUGCCAUCUCUACCAUAUUGUUCUUCUGAGUGCCAAACUUUAGCAAAAAUAAAUCAUUCAAAUGGCAAUCAAAUGGUUGCCCAGCAAGAUGGGACAUUAUAUUACACCCAAAGAUGUCCAGCAUAUGAAGAAAGUCAUUCCUCUGUGACUCUUAAAACUACUAAAGAAGAAUUUGUUCCCUUGUGGAAAAUACAGCAUAAUAUUCUGGGUCAAAAUGAAAAGGCCGCUGAUUCUACUGUUACAAGAAGAAAACAAAUUGUUGAAAAUAAGCACAGAAGUCUUUUAGAGCAAAAAAGACAAAACCCUGGAUCUGUAGGACAGAAGUACAGUGAGCAGAUGAAUAAUUUUGGACAAAGUGUCCAACUAAGUUCAAGUGAGCCAAAACAAACCACAAGGGCUACUUCUAAUAUUGAAGAAGUUUCAGGCAGUACUUCUGAAUUUUUGAUGGCUGAAAACCUAGUGAAAGCUUCAGUGCCUGAGGAUGAAAUUCUAACUGUCAUGAAUAGCAAGCAGCUACAGAAAUCAAAUCUGACUUUAAAUAAAACCCAGCAAUUUAACAUCUGUGCACUAUCAGCUGAAGAACAAAAGAUCCUACAGUCCCUUAAUCAUCUCAAUGCAAGGUUACACUUAUAUAACAAAAAUUUAUUUGAAUAUACCAUACUAUUUCGGGUUAUAGUGGAAAACGUGGACAACAUGGGAAAGAGUCUACAAAAAUGGACAGAUACAGAAUUUCAGCAGAGAGAUGGAACCCAUACAAAAGACUCAAAUAGAAAUAUGAAAAAUAAGAACACUGUAACAGAAAUGAAUAAUGUAUUCUAUGGGCUUGUCAGAUUCAACAGAGAUGAGGAAAGAAUCAAUGAAUUUGAGAACAGGAUGGGAGAUAAUGGUGUACAUUUGUGUGGAAGAUCAAGUAAAGAAUCAAGUAGGAAAAAAAAAGAAUCGAGUAGAGUGAAAGAGCUAAUACAGGAGAGAAGGAAACAAAUGCAGGAGUUUCCAGCACCGCUAACAUGGCGUGAAGGAGCGAAAGUGACGGUAAUUGAGGCAGAAGCUGCGGUAGCGGCGCCCCGAAACCCCAAGGGGGAUUCUUCCUCCGCUAGCUGCAGCCGGGCCGGGAGGCGAGUCUCCUCAGCCUAG